AUGACGAGUACUGUUGCUGGAGGCCUUCACAAGGUCCAGGAGGCUAUUCAGUCCACCGCUGGUCAAGACAAGAAGUUGAUUGAUCUCUCGCGCGAUACGGCUGAUGUUCACAAGAAGACAAAUUUCACCACUGACCACGGCGUACCGGUCUCUGAUACCGAUCACUGGCUGAAGAUAGUAAACGACAAGACCUCCGGUCCUAGUUUGCUGGAAGAUCAGAUCGCCCGUGAAAAGAUCCACCGCUUCGAUCACGAACGUAUCCCCGAGCGAGUUGUGCACGCCCGUGGAACCGCAGCUUUCGGGAAUUUUACUUUGAAAGAGGCUAUUCCCGAGUUGAGUCAUGCUGGUAUCCUCAAUGAUACCUCUAGGAAGACGCCUAUCUUUGUUCGAUUCUCUACCGUUCAGGGCAGCAGAGGAAGUGCCGAUACUGUCCGAGAUGUUCGUGGAUUUGCAGUGAAAUUCUACACAGAGGAGGGCAACUGGGAUUUGGUUGGAAACAACAUUCCCGUAUUCUUCAUUCAAGAUGCUAUUAAGUUCCCUGAUUUUGUCCACGCUGUCAAGCCAGAGCCACAUAACGAAGUACCCCAGGCUCAGACCGCUCACAACAACUUCUGGGACUUUUCUUUCCUUCAUCCCGAGUCUACCCACAUGUUCAUGUGGGCCAUGUCCGAUCGAGCCAUUCCUCGCUCCUUCCGUAUGAUGCAAGGCUUCGGAGUCAAUGCUUAUACUCUAGUCGACAAGGAUGGGAAGCGUCACUUGGUCAAGUUCCACUUCAUUCCUCACCUAGGCGUCCAUUCACUUGUGUGGGACGAAGCCUUGAAGCUAGCCGGUCAAGACCCCGACUUCCACCGGAAAGAUCUCAUGGAAGCCAUUGAUAACAAGGCAUACCCAAAAUGGAACUUUGCUAUUCAGGUCAUUCCAGAAGAGAAGCAAGAUGACUUUGAAUUUGAUCCCCUCGAUGCUACGAAGAUCUGGCCCGAGGACCUCGUUCCUCUGCGCGUUAUUGGAGAGCUAGAACUCAACCGCAACAUUGACGAAUUCUUCCCUCAAACGGAGCAAGUCGCUUUCUGUACCAGUCAUAUCGUGCCCGGAAUUGAUUUCUCUGACGACCCUCUCCUACAGGGACGCAACUUUUCCUACUUUGAUACACAACUUUCGCGUCUUGGAAUUAAUUGGGAAGAGUUGCCAAUCAACCGCCCAGUCUGCCCCGUGAUGAACCAUAAUCGCGAUGGCGCUAUGCGUCACAAGAUCACUAAGGGAACAGUCAACUACUGGCCGAAUCGGUUUGAUGCGGUACCACCAAUCAAGCCUGAGGGCGGUGGAUUCGUUUCUUACCCCGAGAAGAUCCAGGCAAUCAAAAAGCGUAGCCAGGGACCCAAGUUCCGCGAACAUCACAACCAGGCGCAGUUAUUCUACAACUCUCUUACUGAAUACGAGCAACACCACGUCGCCAAAGCGUUUAGCUUUGAGCUUGACCAUUGCGACGACCCUGUGGUCUACCAGCGCAUGGCCUUGCGUAUUGCAGAGAUUGAUCUUUCCCUCGCCCAGAAAGUCGCCGUAAUGGUCGGCGCCCCAACACCUGAAACUCCCGGAAAGCAGAACCACGGCAAAAAGACUCGCGGUCUUUCACAAAUUGACUUCAAGCCUCGUGUACCAACUGUGGCCAGCAGACGUAUCGCCAUAAUCAUUGGCGACGGCUUCGACUCUGUCGCUUUUAACGGAGUGUAUACUGCCAUCAAAGCUGCUGGCGCUCUGCCAUUUGUCAUCGGCACAAAGAGACAGCCCAUCUUCGCAGAUGGCGUUGACCCCCAGACCGGAAAUGGCGUAACACCCGAACACCAAUACGAGGGUGUGCGUUCUACAAUGUUCGACGCUACUUUCAUCCCCGGUGGACCACACGUCAAGACCCUUGCCAGGAUCGGACGGAUUCGCCACUGGAUAACAGAAACAUUCGGUCACCUCAAAGCGCUCGGCGCGACAGGUGAGGCCGUCGAUUUUGUCAAGCAGGCGCUUCUAGGUGUGGAGGCUGUACAAUUUGCUAGUCAGAGUAGCACUGGUGUCGUUGAGUCGUAUGGCGUGGUUACUGCAGCUGGCCCUCAGAAACCGGAGAGUUUCAAGGAAGGAUGGAAGAUGAUUAAGGGUGCGACUGAUUUCCUAGGCAAGUUCUUCUUUGAGGUUGGUGAACAUAGGAAUUAUCGACGUGAGCUUGAUGGGUUGGCUGAUACCCUCGCCUUCUAA